AUGGCGAAGGAUCCAGUUCGUGUUCUUGUCACCGGAGCUGCAGGGCAAAUCGGAUAUGCUCUUGUUCCUAUGAUUGCAAGAGGGAUAAUGCUUGGUGCAGACCAACCUGUGAUCCUCCACAUGCUUGAUAUCCCUCCUGCAGCAGAAGCUUUGAACGGUGUGAAAAUGGAGUUGAUCGAUGCUGCUUUCCCUCUUCUCAAAGGCGUGGUUGCUACCACCGAUGCCGUUGAAGGGUGUACCGGUGUGAACGUCGCUGUCAUGGUUGGUGGUUUCCCGAGGAAAGAAGGUAUGGAGAGGAAAGAUGUCAUGUCCAAGAACGUUUCCAUUUACAAGUCUCAAGCUGCUGCCUUGGAGAAGCAUGCCGCACCAAACUGCAAGGUUCUGGUUGUUGCAAACCCUGCAAACACCAACGCGUUGAUCCUCAAGGAGUUCGCACCUUCGAUCCCGGAGAAGAACAUCACUUGCUUGACAAGGCUUGACCACAACAGGGCGUUGGGUCAGGUCUCUGAGAGGUUAAGCGUGCCGGUGUCUGAUGUCAAGAACGUGAUCAUCUGGGGAAACCACUCAUCGACCCAGUACCCUGACGUCAACCACGCCACCGUCAAGACUUCUUCUGGAGACAAGCCUGUGCGCGAGCUAGUCAAGAACGACGACUGGUUGAAUGGAGAGUUCAUCUCUACCGUUCAACAACGUGGAGCUGCCAUUAUCAAGGCCAGGAAGCUUUCUAGUGCACUCUCUGCAGCUAGCUCAGCUUGUGACCAUAUCCGUGAUUGGGUCCUUGGUACACCCGAGGGAACAUUUGUUUCAAUGGGAGUGUACUCUGAUGGAUCAUACAACGUUCCAUCUGGACUUAUCUACUCCUUCCCUGUAACAUGCCGUAACGGAGAAUGGUCUAUUGUACAAGGUUUACCGAUAGAUGAAGUGUCGAGGAAGAAGAUGGAUUUGACAGCAGAAGAGUUGAAGGAAGAGAAGGAUCUUGCUUACUCAUGCCUCUCUUAA